GCCAUUCAUAUAGCACAUGUUCACUGAGGUAGUCAGACACCCACCCAUUCAGAAAGACAUGCAUUCAGGACCUCUAUUUCUUGCACAUCAUAUAUAGUACUGUAGCUAUACUGCAAAGGUGAUCUUAUUUUCAACAAUAAUAUCAUUUUGUAAAGCUUCGAUCAUGAGUCUAAGGACUCUCCUGAGCUAUCCCAUCAUCAGAUAUAUCCUGUUGCUUCCAUUGUUCAUCUUAACAACGCUAAUUGGUAUCUUAUUUCUCCUUGGUGCGCUGAUCUUCAAGGGACCAUCAUGGGUAUUCAGGAAGAAGAAAACUGGCUAUGUUAGACCAGAGUGCCUUGAUGAACCAAGUCUUGGUACUCACAAAGUCAUCUCUCUUAAGGACAUAAAGCUUCAUAUUGUAGAGUCAGGUGAUCCUAAGAAUCCUUUGAUGUUAUUUCUACAUGGCUUUCCAGAAUGCUGGUAUUCAUGGAGACAUCAGAUCAGAACAUUCAAUAAAGAUUAUCACUGUGUUGCAUUUGAUAUGAGAGGAGUUGGUGAGAGCGAUGGCCCAGAUGGAGUGUCUAAUUACACCAUGGAUAAACUUGUUGGUGACGUACAUGACAUGAUCAAAACAUUAGGACACAAGUCAUGUGUUUUAGUAGGACAUGACUGGGGUGGUUUAAUAGGAUGGGAGUUUGCAGCUCGGUAUCCAGAUAUGGUGGAUAAUUACAUCCCAAUGAAUGUACCUCAUCCAGAUAGAUUUGCUGAUUUCAUCACCAGCUCUGUUGUCCAGAUAAUGUUGUCAUGGUACAUGCUGUUUUUCCAGUUGCCUUAUCUACCAGAAAUCCUAAUGUCCAUGGGGGACUAUGGCAUGCUGAAAGAAGCAUAUAAGAUUGGUCCAAAUACAGACGAAGAUGCUGAAGCCUUUAAGUAUUCCAUCUCUAUGCCAGGUCGGUCAACCACCUUUGUCAACUACUAUCGGAACAUCAUCGGGGCUAUCUUUAACCAGCCAUGUGGGAAAGUUUCUGUGCCAACUUUGUUGAUUUGGGGAACAGGAGAUGCAGCAUUUAAUAUCAAGCUUUCACAUGACACUGAGAAGUACUGUCCCAAGAUCAUUGUUAAGAGGAUAGAAGGUGGUCAUCAUAGCAUUCAACAAGAACAACCAGAUGUAGUUAAUAAUUUCUUGAAACAAUACUUGAAUAAUUGAAUAUAAGGUUGGUACUUGUGUUUAGGCAACACCAAGACAUUGUUAAUGACCUAAUGGAAAAUACUUGAAUGAUAAAUAGUGAAUUUAAAAAAAACAUAAGAUAGAAAAACUGUGCAAAAGAAAAUAAAAAAUAUGGAAAUGCUGUUCAGGCUUUUUCAAAAGGAGUGACUAUUUGAAGUCAUGCUUAAUUAAAAAAAAACAUGUAGGCCUAUAUAUUUACCACAUAGUUUUGAUGAUUCUGCAUGCAUUACUUAGUUUGCAAUAUGAUGUAUGAUAUACUAUAAGUAGAAAUAUGAGCAACUUUAUAUUAAAGGAGAAUGAAACCCUUGAAACCAGCUGAAUCCAUAUCAAAGAGAAAAAUCAAAGAAACAUAUUGUUGAAAGUUUGAGGAAGAUUGAAUGAAUAAUAAGAAAGUUAUGAGCAUUUGAAUAUUGAGACCACUAAUGCCAUGUAGAUCCUCCUAUUGGCAAUGCGACCAAGAUCUGUGAUGUCACACACGUACAACUCCCUCAUUACUUUAGUACUUAUUUCACUUAUAUUCUCACUUUUAUAGAGUCUAUCACAAGGUUAGGUGUUUUCUUUAUGAGAGGACAAGUACAGAGGUUUCACAACAUUAUAUCAUUGAUGAAUCAUUUGUCAUAUGAUUAGAAUGAGCAAAAAGAGAUGUUUUGGGGUAUAUUUUCAGUGUCCAAAAGGGGAGAGUUGUUCAUCUGUGACAUCAUAGAUCUUGGUCGCAUUGCCAAUGGGAGGAUCUCCAUAGCAUUAGUGAUCUCGACAUUCAAAUGCUCAUAACUCUUCUAUUGCUUGUCCUAUUUUACUCAAACUUUUGUUAAUCUUAUUCUUUGAUUUUUCUGCUUUCACAAAAGCUAACUUGCUCCAAGAGUUUCAUUCUCCUUUAAUAUAAGUUAGAAAGCUUCUCAUGUUAGUGUUAUUUCAUAUUAAAGUUUAAUACUACAUUAUAUGAAUGAGUCUGUCCUAAAAACGUUACAGUGUAACAUAAAAAAUGUAUUUUAGUAUAGUGUAUUGUACAGGAAAAUUUAUUAUUCUUGGGAAGCAUUUGUUAUAAAAAUAACUCAGUAUUUUUGUCCAAAAAAAUGUGAAAUUGUUAAAAUGAUAAGAAUUUUCAAAUUACUGAUUUGGUGAAGUGAUCAGAGGAGCAAGUUAUUGAGUUUCAUUUCAGCCUUUGUUUUGAGUCUUGCUGUGAACAGUACAAACUUGCAGUGGGAAGAAAGGUGCAUGUGUGCCAUAAUGAUUCAUCUUAUUUUCAAGUUUGACAAUGUUUCACUUUGAAAUCUUAACUAAUUUCUAAAACAUUUUAGUUUUUUUAAGAUUAUUUAAAUAUAUCUUCAGAACAUUUCAUUGAAAACUAACAUCAAUAUAUAUUAGAUAAUUG